UCGACAUUGUAAUCCACAAAUACUUUGGUCCCAUCUUCCUACAGUUAGGUUUAGUUUUUCGAGUGGCGUUUUCUGAUUUCAUAUAUACGUUUGAUGUGGUUAUGAAAGUUUGGAAAAACUAGUUAUUUGAAGCUGGGUGCAUUCAGUUUUAUUUGGAACGUUUCGAAUUAAUUUUAAAUCUCAAAACAUGAGUGAUUCAAAUGAGGGCAGCUCAACCUCUUCUGGGAAUACAGCUUCCCAAUCACCCAGAGGGUUAAACUUCGAUGCCCUAAAGGCUCACGUGAUUGCACAUAAAAUUGACUGUGCUUUAUGGGCAAUACGGAUGGUUGUAAUUGUAUUUUCAAUUGGGUAUUUUAUCCCUAUAUUUGGGAGUGCCCAAAAUGCCUACUACAAAGUGCUUAUAGCCAAUGCUGCAAUAAGCGCUCUUAGGUUACACCAAAGGCUGGGGAGGGUCCAGUUCUCAAGACAGUUUCUUUCCGAAUUAGUGCUAGAAGACAGCUGUCACUACUUGUUCUACUCGUUGAUAUUCAUCUAUGUGGCACCUGUAAACUUGGUGAUUUUGCCUGUGUUAUUAUUUGCAAUUUUACAUGCUGCUAGUUAUUCCUUGACCUUACUAGAUACAUUGGGCCAAAACUCUUGGUGGGGAUGCCGGUUGCUGAUAUCUCUUGUGGAAUUCCAGUCCUUGAAUAUACUUCGUUUGGUAGCUUUGAGUGAGAUUUUACUAAUGCCAUAUACAGUUUUACUAAUCUUAAUGGGUAGAGCUGGCUUGCUUACACCAUUUAUCUAUUACAACUUCUUAACUCAAAGAUAUGCUUCGAGAAGGAAUCCAUACACAAGAAACAUGUUCCAUGAGCUGCGGCUAUUAUUUGAAAAAACUGCUUACAAACCAAACACACCACAAUUUGUAAAAACAAUUCUCCUUACUAUAAUAAAUUUCACAGUAAAAUUAGCACCUCCGCAAAUUCAGGUACAGUCACCUACAGCACAACAAUAAUUUUGAAUUAGCUAUAGGUAAUACCAGGUGUUGCAAGAACAAAUCAAAAACAGCAUUAGCGAAAAUUUUCUUUUUAUUAUAUGUUUGCAAUUUAACUUCAACUCUGUGGUAUGCCAGCAGAUCAAAAUCUUAUAAAUUGUGAGUAGUUUGACGUUUUUGUUUAAAUGCAUUCCUAGUAGGGAAAUUAUGUUCAAGAAAUGUAGUUAAGUUACUUGUAACUUAUCACCUCUUUUGUACACUCAACAUUUCCAUUUUGUCAAGAUUGCAUGUUAUGCAAUAAAAUCACUAAAUGGACUUUGGAACACUAACAAAUUAUGGUGUUGGUUAUUUUAUUGUGAGAGAUACAAGUUCUACUUAUAUGUAUAUUACAGAUUUAUAAGAUA